CUAAUUACGCAAAGCGUUUCGGGCAUGUUGAAUGUUGUGUCAUGGCCGACGGCUGAGGACAACAAUGGAGGCGGUGAAGGUGACGUUGGUGUGUGCUGUGGCCCUGGCCGCCUGGCCCCACGCCGCCGCCCGCAAGCACGAGCUGGAGAUCAGGAAUGAUGACAGGCGAUAUUUCCCUAUUAGUACCUUUGGUUUCUUCCGCGAUGGAUACCUGGAUGUUGAGGUGACCAAGUUCAAGAUCACACCAAAGGAUGCUGAUAAAGAGUUUGGAUUCAUCCUGGAGAAAACGGCCAAUCCCUACACAGAAAACCGGCCGGAUAAGUGUCAGUUGCAGAAUUUUCGACCCAAUGACACCUUGGUGCAGCAUGUCUUCUUCAUUUUUGAUCUGAAAAAUAAUCAAGUUUACCUGAAGUGUAGUGAAGACAUGAAGUAUCUGCAUGUGUUGAAGGGCAAGAAGGUUGGGGAAGUGAAGAAAGUGGGACAUCUGCCCAAGCUGACUGACAGUAAUCUCUUCUCACACGUGCAAAAGAGGUCUUUGUUGUCCAGGAGGAAGAGGGAGAGUACAGAUGCAGCACAGGGAAUAUCUGAUGGAUUGACCACCACAACCAAGGUACCAUACGAAGACACCACCAACCAAAAAUGUAGCGAUGUUAAAAUUAACAUGACAAAGGACAAGGAUUACUACAGUUUCAAGUUUUUAGUGUAUGUGGCUCAAGAAAAAGAGGAAGGUCUCUAUAAUCUCAACUUCCACAACUGCAUGAAUUUUGGCUCUGGGGAAGGAUUCUCGACUAUUGAUAUGAAUUUACAGAUUACAGAGAAGAAUCCAGAUGACAACUACCUAUCAGCUGGGGAGAUGCCCCUUCCAGCCCUGUACUUUAUGAUGGCCCUCCUCUUCUUCCUCUCUGCUUGCUUCUGGUUCUUCCUUCUCAAGAUGAGCAAAGAUCCUGUUUUCAAGAUCCAUUAUUUGAUGGGAUUUCUGGUGGUGAUUAAAUCAUUUAGUUUACUCUUCCAUGGAGUUAAUUACCACUUCAUCCAGACAAAGGGUGUUCACAUGGAGGCUUGGGCUGUCAUGUAUUACAUCAUGCAUCUGUUAAAAGGUGCAUUGCUCUUCACAGUCCUAGCCCUCAUUGGUUCAGGAUGGGCCUUCAUAAAGCACGUCCUCUCAAGCAAAGAACGGAAGAUGUUCAUGAUCAUCAUUCCUUUACAGAUUAUUGCGAAUGUAGCCACCAUCAUUGUGGAAGAAACUGAAGAGGCCAGCCAGGAGCAUGCAGCAUGGGUGCAGAUUCUAUUCUUAAUAGACUUUUUGUGUUGUGGAGCCAUCCUUCUACCUGUUGUGUGGUCAAUUCGUCAUCUGCAAGAGGCCUCCCAGACUGAUGGCAAGGCUGCUUUGAACCUUAAGAAGUUGAAGCUUUUCCGUCAUUUCUACAUAAUGAUUGUCUGCUACAUAUACUUUACACGGAUCAUUGUCUAUCUACUGAAGAUUUCGGUGCCAUUCCAAUAUGAAUGGCUUGAUGACAUGUUCCGUGAGAUGGCUACUUAUGUCUUCUUUGUCAUGACUGGAUACAAGUUCAGACCUGCCAACAAUAAUCCUUACUUCCGAGUAUAUGAUAAAGAUGAGGAGGUUGAAGAAGUCCUGACCACCACUGGCCUUACUGAGGGAAUAUCACAUGUGAAUCAGCACAGUAAGAAGCAGAAUAAAGAUCACCUGGAAGUGGAAGUGUUUGACGAUGACGAGGAAGUCAAUCUUCUCAACACCCAGGAGUCAUCGCAUGCAUUUGACUGAAAGUAACCCCAGAGUGGGCGACAUUUUAUCCAAGAAAAACAUAGGAAAGCAUUUUAUUGCACAAUGUGCUGACUUGGAGGUGGUGUUAAUCCUAAUUGCCCCUCAAAUUUAGCCUCCAAAUACAAUGUUAUUGCCAAGGUGUUAUUUGGAAAGCUUAAAUAUUUAAAACUCAUUUUUUACAAGCAAAUUUCUUUUGCUUCUGGGUUUUUGCUGAGCACGUUAUAAAUUCCAUUUUUAUUUCA